CCGCCUCGGGGCUCGGCGACGCCGCUCCCCGCCGCCCUCCCUGAGCCGCAGCCCGCGCCCCGGAGCGGACAGCUGCUUAGCACAAGCUGAUUUGCUCUAUACGUACUUCAGAGUAACUGUGGCUGACAUAGACUGAACACAUGCAUCCAGUUCCAAAAUCUGCCUGGGAAAAUAGAUUAUAUCUGCUGUUUGCUUUUGAUUAAUGAGCUUUUGUCUUUCAGAUCUCCUUAUGUGGUCAUGUAGAUGUGUUUAUUUCAGCCUUAAAAUUGCUGAUGCAAAUCCUUGCUAUGGCAUCUGUGGCUUCACCAGUUAUAUUUAAGGAAUUUUGUCCCUUGUAUUAUCUCCUCAAUGCCAUUCCUACAAAGAUCCAGAAAGGCUUUCGCUCUAUUGUGGUUUACCUCACAGCACUUGAUACCAAUGGAGAUUACAUUGCUGUGGGAAGCAGCAUUGGAAUGCUUUAUCUCUACUGCAGACACAUAAACCAGAUGAAAAAAUACAAUUUUGAGGGGAGGUGUGAAUCUAUAACUUUUGUAAAGCUAUUGAGUUGUUUUGAUGAUCUGGUUGCUGUUGGUACAGCCUCAGGUCGGGUUGCAGUUUUCCAGCUUGUGUCUUCCUUACCUGGAAGGAACAAACAGCUUCGCAGAUUUGAUGUUGCUGGCAUCCACAAAAGCAGCAUUACAGCUUUAGCUUGGAGUCCCAAUGGAAUGAAAUUAUUCUCUGGAGAUGACAAAGGAAAAAUUGUCUACUCUGCACUAGACCUAGACCAGGGUAUUUGCAACUCCAGCCUUGUAUUGGAAGAGCCAUCUUCGAUUGUCCAGUUGGAUUACAACCAGAAGGUGCUGCUUGUCUCUACUUUACAGAGGACUCUGCUUUUUUACACAGAAGAGAAAUCCGUCAACCAAGUUGGAACACAGCCCAGAAAAAACACUGGCAAAUUUGGAGCAUGUUUUAUACCUGGCCUGUGUAAACAGAGUGACUUGACAUUAUUUGCUGCCAGACCUGGGCUUCGUCUGUGGAAGUCUGAUGUUCAUGGGACUGUUCAGGCCACGUUCAUAUUGAAAGAUGUAUUUGCUGGAGGGAUAAAAACUUUUGAACUGUAUCCUCGUUUAGAACCACCUGACAGAGGAAGUUACAGCUCUCCAGAGAAACACCUUGGGCUUGUCUCAUGCUUUUUCCAAGAAGGAUGGGUCCUGACCUGGAAUGAAUACAGCAUCUAUUUACUAGAUACUGUGAACCAGGCUUUGAUUGGUGGCUUGGAAGGAUAUGGUGAUAUUGUGUCUGUGUCCUGUACCAAUAACGAGAUUUUUCUCUUAAAGGGAGAUAGAGACAUAAUAAGAAUUUCCAAUAGACCUGAAGGACUGUCAUCAAUAGAUACAAGUCCUAAAUUGCUGACCCCGUCAUCAGUAGUUUCAUCUGUAUCAUCCAGCCCUUCAGUGGAAACAGAAAAAAAAAUGGUUACUUCCCAUUCAGUUACUGGUGAUAAAACUGGCACUUCUUCUUCAGUGAAAGAUGAUCUGGAAACUCCAACACUAUCAGAGAAAAGUUUUGAUAGAGUGGGAGACUUGAGCAAUGAAGUCAGGAAAAGGGGCUGCUCUGUAGUAAGCGAAUCACGGAGCAGGAGCAGCUCUGUGAACUCUGUGGACAGUGGCUCGAGCUUUAUGAUGUGUGCAGACCAACUUCCAGAAGCUCAGAGAGAAGGUCAACUUUCUUCACAGCGGUUCAGCACCAUCAGCUCUGAAGAUUUUGAUCAAGAACUUAUUGUAAAGCCAAUUAAGGUGAAAAAGAAAAAAAAGAAGAAGCAGGAAAGUGGAACAAGGAGAAACCACAGCUCUCUGGAAGGCACACCAAUUUAUGAGCGUCAGCUUUCUGGUGACAGUCCACAUUCCUUGAAUGCAGACUCCUUUUCCAUGACUUCCAGCAUAAUGAGUGGCAGCAUUGAUCAUUUGAGUACUGGAUCUCCAGAUCAGGAAAGUAUGUUCAGUAUGGAGUCCCAUACAGUCUUGCAAGAAGAUAAUGGUUCUGAAACUUUCAGUGUCCUGCAGUCUCCUGAGUCAGCAAAUGUACUAAUUAAUGAAGAAAAUGGAGAUGUGGCUGAUUUACAGAAAUUUCCAAACAGUGACAGUGGCAUGGGUACUUCAGCUGUUAUAGAUAUUUUGAUGUCUGCAUCUCCUCUGAUGCUCACAGAAGACUUGACAAGCAGUGUUGGUGGUGAAUGUAAUGGUGGUGUGGUUUCUGCAAGCAAUGAAUGCUCUCCUGGAAAACUGAGCCAGGAGGAGGAGGAGCAGGAUUUUCCUACAUUGUGUAAAAUAGAUGAAGACUUGGAUAAAAUGAAGCUGCAGGAUAAUGAAAAAUCUUCUGAAGAUCCAGACCUUACAGACCAGAUGUUUUUGGAAUGUGACAGUAUACUUGGUGUCCAGACGUCCCUGACACCAAAGGGAAGUGAUGAAACUGGUGAGGAAGACCAGCAGCAGCUCUCUCUAAUCCACAGUGCUCUGUCAGACCCUUCUGCACUCCAGUGUGACAUCUCUGACAAUGUUCAUUCAGAUAACUGUUCCAUUUCUGGCUGGAAUUUUGAAAGUGCAAUCAAAGCUAAAUGUAGUACUAGCACUGCUGAAAGGGUAGCAAACACUUAUGAAAGUAAGAUUGAAAAAUCUGCCUCAAGUGAUGAAGAGGAUAUUUAUGGACAUGGAUUACCAUAUUCAUCUUCAGAGACCAGCAUGCCUGAAGUUGGUGCUGUGCCUGGUGCACAGGAUGUAGCCAAGAUAAGCCUAGAUGAAAUGGUGCUGUUAAAAUCUGAUCAGUUUGCAGAGAGCUGGAUGGGAUACUCUGGCCCUGGAUAUGGCAUCCUGAGCCUGGUUGUCUCAGAAAAAUACAUUUGGUGCCUGGACUACCGAGGCAGCCUGUACUGCAGUCCCCUCCCUGCGGCCGGGCUGCGCUGGCAGAAGUUUGAGGAUGGAGUCCAGCAAGUGGCAGUUUCCCCUACAGGGGCUCUUCUCUGGAAGAUUGAACAGAAGACUAACAAAGCUUUUGCCUGUGGAAAAGUAACUAUAAAAGGAAAACGGCACUGGUAUGAGGCUUUACCCCAGGCUGUAUUUGUAGCUCUAAGUGAUGACACUGCCUGGAUUAUCAGAACAAAUGGAGAUCUGUAUCUGCAAACAGGCCUGAGUGUGGAUCGUCCUUGUGCCCGAGCAGUAAAGGUUGACUGCCCUUGUCCACUGUCACAGGUCACAUCCAGAAAUAAUGUGGUGUGGGCUCUGAGCGAGCAGCGGGCGCUGCUGUACCGGGAGGGCGUGCGCAGCUUUUGUCCUGAAGGAGAGCAGUGGAAGAGUGACAUUGUGAGUGAAAUGCAAGCUUUGGAACCAGUGUGCAUAACCCUUGGCGAUCAGCAGACAUUAUGGGCUUUGGAUAUCCAUGGCAAUCUCUGGUUCAGGACUGGUAUAGUUUCAAAGAAACCACAAGGAGAUGAUAACCAUUGGUGGCAAGUAAGCAUCACUGAUUAUGUAAUGUUUGACCAGUGCAGCCUGUUCCAGACCAUAAUCCAGGCAACUCACACAGUGGCAACAGCAGCUCAGGCACCUGUGGAGAAGGUGGCUGACAAGCUUCGAAUGGCAUUUUGGUCACAGCAGCUUCAGUGUCAGCCCAGCCUCCUCGGAGUCAAUGGCAGUGGAGUCUGGAUCUCUUCAGGCAAAAACGAAUUCCAUGUAGCAAAGGGAAAUUUAAUAGGCACAUAUUGGAAUAAUAUUGUGCCUCGUGGUACUGCUUCUGCCACAAAAUGGAUUUUUGUGUUGGCUUCCCCGGCUUCAUCUAAUGAAGGAAGCUUUUUGUGGCUGUGCCAAAGCAACAAGGAUCUGUUUUGUGUCAGUGAUCAGAACCCUCAUUUUCGUCCUUCUACGGUGCAGCUGCCACCGGAGGCUGAAAUGGUGCACUACUCUGCCUGCCAGGAUGCCAUUUGGGGCUUGGAUAGUCUUGGGCAGAUAUUCAUCAGAACACUUUCUUCCAGCUGCCCAACAGGGAUGCAUUGGACAAAACUGGAUCUCUCCCAACUAGGUGGUGUAAAGCUGAUCAGCUUGACCUGUGGAAAUCAGCAUGUUUGGGCCUGUGACACCAAUGGUGGCAUUUAUUUCCGUGUAGGAACUCAACCUCUUAACCCGAGUUUGAUGCUUCCCGCGUGGAUAAUGAUCGAGCCACCUAUACAGCCAGUAGGAAUCAACUUGGUCAGCAUUCAUUCAAGUCCAAAUGAUCAGAUGUUGUGGGCAAUUGAUAGCAAAUGGAAUGUCCAUGUACGAGUUGGAAUUACAGAUGAAAUGCCUGUAGGCACUGACUGGGAACAUGUACCAGGUUUGCAGGCCUGCCAGCUGGCUCUGAGUGCCAGGACUGUGUGGGCACGCUGCCCCAACGGAGACGUCGCUCGCCGAUACGGCAUCACUGACAAGAACCCUGCAGGAGACUACUGGAAGAAGAUUCCUGGGAAUGUCUCACGUUUAACAGUGACCCAUCUAGAUGAACUGUGGGCAAUCAGUACUUCAGGAUCUCUGCUCCAGCGCCUCACCAAGACCUUUAGCCAUGCCCAUAGUUUGCAGAAAAAUAAUGACACAUCUGUUCUGCUUCACCCUGAUGAUUUGGAAGAUGAAUGGGAAGUGAUAUGAAGUCUGUCAAGCUUGUGAAGGAGUGAAAAAACAGAAGGACAGAAUUUCUGUAAUGUAUGUACAGAAUAUUGGACCAAAAAGCCACUCAUAUUGGACCUGUGAUAUUAGCACUUUUCUAUUGGAAAACUGACCUGUUAAAUAGCCCCAAAGCUGUGAGUUCUAAUAUUUGUUGCAUAAUCUUUUGGGAGACUCUUUAGGUGUGGCAUACUGCAAUUGUUAUACUGUACUACUGUAAAAGUUCCUUUGGAAAUAUAACUUUUAACUUAACCUUACUAGCAAUGAAAGUGAGUACUUCACAACAGCAUGCAACUAAUGUACUGAUUUUGAGAAGGAAUUCUGUUGCAUUAAAUAUUUCUCUACAGUGGAAA